AUAAACAUUUGGAGCACUUCGCGAAGAGAAAACAGUAAAUACCAGACCGAAACCAUACGUACGUGCACGUUCCAGAAAACUCUGCCAAUUUCAGAGCAAACAUUUUCCCCAAACGCAUUACAUACAGUCCCUUAGUAAGUUAAAUGGGCGAUAAGGUACCAGCACCAGACACAUCCAGAAGCGAUGACGAGCAGUUCGAAGAUGCACAACAAGGCAAGGAAGAUUUCAACGAACGAACGGUCGAUGAAGUUAUCGAAAAGGUGACCGGAUUGUCCACACGGAAACCACCCGACACAGAUGCGGACGAGUUUGUUGACUGUGUUAACCAUUCCGGGACCGAGGAAACGCAAGAGUCAGUUCCGAAACGCGAAUGUGACAGUGCGGUGGAACCGUUCGAAGAUGAUGAUCUAGUAGACGAAGACUCGCAGCGGGAUUAUGAAUGUGGUUUGUCCGAGGAGGAAAAGGACGAAAACAAAACCAAAGCAGAUGAGCUGAAGCAGCAGGGAAACGAGCUUUUUAAACAGGGCGAAUAUUUGCAAUCGCUGGAUCUGUACACGCGGGCACUUCGGUUGUGUCCGCUGGAUCGUACAGAAGCUCGGGCCAUACUUUACGCGAAUCGGGCCGCAGCCAAAACGAAACUCGACCGCAAAAAGUCCGCACUGGAUGACUGCACCAAAGCGCUAGAGUACAAUCCAAAUUAUGUAAAAGCGUUGCUUAGACGGGCGAAUCUAUACGAAGAGACUGACAAGCUGGACGAAAGUUUAGAGGACUAUCGUAAGGUGCUGGAGCUGGAACCGGGCAAUAGUGAGGCACAGGCCGCUCAAACGCGUUUGCCUCCGAAAAUAUCGGAACGGAACGAUCGACUAAAGGAAGAAAUGAUGGGCAAGCUAAAGGACCUGGGCAACAUGAUUCUACGACCGUUCGGUCUAUCAACGCAAAACUUUGAAAUGAAGCAAGAUCCCCAAACCGGUUCGUACUCGAUAAACUUUAACCAGGGCGCCAAACAGUGAUGCGUCACACAGUGGGAUACGCUCUUGAUGGUGAUAAAUGGUGUAGGUUGUUUAAGGCGCUUGUUUGUGACGCUGUAAAUAAUCCUCUUGUUCGUUGUGAGAAGGAGGUUAAAAUUAUGACACAUUUCUGUGAGUCUAUUUUUCAUUAACUUCAUUUCAUGAGGGUAUUUAAAUAAAGCUAAUAUAAAGCAGCAAAGAAGAAAAAAA